GGCGCCUUCUCGUCUUAUUUUCAGGCGAGGCAAGGUGCAUCUCAAACAAGCAUGUUAAAACCGCCUCUCGGUUUGUUUCAACGUCAUUUUAAUUCAGUCAAGAAGAUGGUCGAGUAAACUGCAAGGCUCGCGCUUGGCAAGUCAAAAAUGAUUACUUAUUAUUGGCUGUAGCAUUUGAGGACUCGUAUCUCUUUUUUCGGACUCCCGAAGAACUUUCCUUGACUUUUAGUGCAUUCAUCUCUUUCAAUGAAUGAAGGUUCAUGACUGCUCGUAGCUGUCGACCCUUUAUAAAUUUUGUUCACUAUCGAUACAAUGUCUUAACCACAUAUCAAUAGGAAAAACAUGUCUUCAAAGGAAAAGGGCUAUACACGCACGUUGGCUUUAAUGGUGACCUCUGCAGCUAUUGGGGGAACGUUACAAUAUGGAUACAACCUGGCCAUUAUGAACGCACCCACUAUUUUCAUUCAGAACUUCAUUAAUGAGACACUUCAAGAGCGAUGGGGGAUCCAGCUGGAGGUUUAUGAGGUCACACUGAUAUGGACAGUUAUAGUCUCCAUCUUCUCAUUGGGGGGCUUUGUGGGGGCCCUAGUAGCAGGUCCAAUGUCUAUCCGUUUCGGGAGGAAGAAGACUAUGUUGCUGAACAAUGUCUUCCUAUUGUCAAGUUCACUGCUAGCAUUGCUGAGCCGAACAGCAAAGUCUUUCGAGAUGAUCAUUAUCUCCAGAAUUCUGGUUGGCAUAAACGCAGGCAUUAGUAUGAAUGUCCAACCCAUGUAUUUCGGUGAGAGUGCACCGAAACAUUUAAGAGGUGCUGUGUCCCUGUCCUCAGCUGUCUUCACUUCAUUUGGUGUGGUGUUGGGACAGGUCGUAGGCCUGCGGGAGCUGUUAGGUAGUGAGUCAUGUUGGCAGUACUUAUUGGCAAGUAACGCUAUCCCAGGCAUCAUCCAACUUCUCACCUUGCCCUGGUUUCCAGAGAGUCCCCGCUACCUCCUCAUUGACUGUGGGGACAAAGAGGCGUGCCUACAGGCACUGCGGCAUCUGCGAGGCUGCGAUGUGAGCAAUGCAGAGCUGGAUGAGAUUCUGGAGGAACAGAAUGAAACCAAAGGAGAGCGAGCGAAACGGCCAUGGGACCUCUUUUGUGACCGCAGCGUUCGCUGGCAACUCAUCUCUGUAGCAGUACUGAGCAGUGCAAUGCAGUUGUGCGGUAAUGAUUCGAUUUACUUUUAUGCAUCAUAUGUGUUCCAAGAAGCAGGUGUAUCUGCAGAGCUGAUCCAAUAUGUGACCAUUGGCACGGGGAUGUGUGAAUUCAGCACUUGCAUUCUGUGUAACUUGUUGAUAGAAAGGCUGGGUAGAAAGAUUAUGUUGAUGGGCGGCUAUGUUCUUAUGACAGGCUGUGCUAUAGUCUUUACUGUUGCUCUUUCACUAGAGCAUAUUGUUAACUGGAUGCCUUACUUGAGCAUGGCUUGUCUCUUCUCUUAUAUUCUCAGCUUUGGUAUGGGACCAGCUGGUGUGACUGGAAUCCUCCCAACAGAAAUCUUUAACCAGACAGCACGUCCUGCCGCUUACAUGAUCGCUGGUUCUCUGAUGUGGCUGAAUCUUUUCGUUGUUGGGAUGAUCUUCCCUUUUCUUGUGAGUGGUUUGGGGCAGUAUUGCUUUGUACCUUUUGGGGCGGUAUGCAUCCUGUCUGCUGUUUAUAUUUUGAUGGUUUUACCAGAAACCAAAGGAAAGACCCUACCAAUGAUCAAUAGAGAGUUUUACCAGCUUAACUAUCGUGGAGAGGAGAAUGUGGAUUUUGAGGGAAAACAAGCCCAUUACCAACUAGGGGAAAUUUAUCAUUCCACUGCUUUAUAGAGAAUGUCUGUCUAGUGUGUUAAAUAUUGGCAUUAUAAUUUGUUUUAUUUUUAAUUAUAUGUUUAAUUGUCUUUUAUAGUUUUAAUGCAUUGAAUGUUCUUUAACCAAGUGAUUACAAAUACAUCUGGGCCCGUAUGUAUAAAGCUACUCGGAGUAAAAUGUUACUUUUAAGUGUGUCAAAAUUCUAAGAAUGAUGUAAUUUUACUCUUAUUCUUACACUUAAGAAUAAGAUUGAUUCAUAAAGGUUCAUAAGUGUUAAGACUAGGUCUCAGCUCCAAAAUUAUUUAAGAGAGCUGAAGUGGUCUCCUAACCUAGAUAAGAGUAACAAGAUGGCAGUACAGAGGCAGAUACCAUGGACUUAACAACAAAGAAACAAUAUGUUGGAAUGAUAUGAUGACAGGGAGGUAAUGAAAUAAUAUAAUAAUGUAUAAAAAAAAAUUAAAUCCAUUUUAUAAGGAUUUGCAGCUUUGGUCUUUUCUUUAUAUAGCCUACAGCUGUGAGUGUAAUAGGAUGUGAUUCAGCAGCUUAAAUAUUUAAAUUAACUGUUAAAACUCAAUUUAAAGUGUAUGAAACCAAGCCCAAAAUGGAUGUUGCAGUUGAAACUGCAAUUUUUAACUUUUGCAUCUCUGUUUGAAAAAUGAAAUUGCACGUUUAUGUAUUUAUCUUCACAUGGGUUGAAGUCAACGAUGUUAAAUUUCCUACAAAAUUGUACAGCUCAAUAUAUCAAUCACUAUUAUAGCUAACCGUUGUAAAUCAUAGGAAGGUAGGCAGAAAGUUUCCAACACUGAUUUUCAUGUACUUGCCUAAAUAUUUUACCCAAAUAAGUUAUGGAUUGCAGCUGUUUAUAUAAAUUAAUAAAAAAUAAUACAAUAAUGAUGUAAUGUCUGAAUUAAGUAAUG